CUUCCCCAAUUCCCCAUCACUUCCCUUUAAAAACACGGACCAAUCAAAACUUCUUCAGAUAAGGCAUGCGCAAUUAAGUGACUAUCCGGGUGAAAUAGACUUAUGCCACUUAUGCAGAAUUCCAUAUUUCUCUUUCACUGUUUGGGCUUCACUUUUUAGAGAUUAGGCUGAGUAUAUAAAGUUAUAUGUAUAUGGUGUCACCACCACGUGGUUUGUCGGUUUUGUUUUUGUUGUUAUUGUUUUGUUUUGAUUUUGGUGCAAAUCUUGACGAGAUAUUGUGUUAGUAUUGUUAAUUAUUAUUAUUAAGUAUUUCGUUACUUGUUUAUAUAAAUAAUAACUAUAUGUGACGUGUCUGAUUCUGUGUUAAUAUUGUAUAUAAUAUAAUUUUUUCAAUUCUACAUGCUGGAUAUAGUUAUUGACAUUUUUUGUUAGAAACUAUGGAUAAUAUAGAUGAAGGAGUAGAUUUAAAUCCUCCAACAGAUACUGCUUUUAAUAACAAAUCAAUAAGUGUAGAACAUAUUAAACAAGAAAAUAAUAUUUCAGAAGAAAAUAUAAAUGGAUCAUCAGAUAACAAGUUUGAACUAUCGAAAGAAGUUAAGAAAAAGGUCUAUAGAUGUACCUUAUGUCGCUUUCAAACAGUACAUAGGACAAGUCUUUACCAACAUCAGAAAAUUCACUUGGCAACAGAAGAACGACAGUUGUUUGCUUGUGCACACUGCAACAAAAAGUAUAAAAAUAAAGAUAACUUAAAACUUCAUCUGGAGGAGUAUCAUAAUGAUUCCAGAAUGCAGGAAUAUCAGAAAGCGAUCUAUAGAUGUGCUACAUGUGACUACCAAACGACACAUAACUCACAGCUUAAUCAACAUAAGAAAAUUCACUUGACACUGGAAGAACGACAGGUGUUUGCUUGUGAGCACUGCGACAAGAAAUAUACGAGAAAAUCCAAAUUACAAGACCACCUCAAGUAUAAUCAUAUUGAUUCCAGACAGAAAGAAUCGUGGAAAAAGGUGAAAUGCUCCAAAUGUGACUACCAGACAUUUCGUAUGUCACUCCUUAGACGACACGAGGCAGUUCAUUUGGCGCCGGAAGAACGACAGUUGUUUACUUGUGCACACUGUGACAAGAAGUAUAGAAAAAAAGUUAACUUAAAAUAUCACAUUGAGGAUAAGCAUAUUGGCUCCAGGAGUUCCAGAAUGAAGAUAUCGCAGAAAAAAGUCUAUGGAUGUGCCGUAUGUGGCUUUCAAACACUAUAUAGGUCUAGUCUUAUACAACACGAGGCAGUUCACGUGGCGCCGGAAGAACGAGAGUUGUUUGGUUGUAGCCACUGUGAAAAAAAAUAUUUCACAAAAGAUGGCUUAGAAUACCACCUUAAGGAUAAUCAUAUUGAUUCCAGGGCGAAGGAAUCGCAGGGAAAGAUACAUAGGUGUUCCACAUGCAGCUACCAAACAUCGCAUAUUUCAUCUUUAAGCCGUCACGAGAAGGUUCACUUGGCAAAAGAAGAACGCCAGCUGUUUGGGUGUGCACACUGCCACAACAAAUACAGGACAAAAGCCAGCUUAAAAUACCACCUUGAUAAUACUCAUAUUGAUUCCAGAAUGAAGGAAUCGCAGAAAAAGGUCUAUAGAUGUUCCACAUGUAGCUACCAAACACCUAGUAUGUCAAAUCAUAGACAACACGAGAAAGUUCACUUGGCACCGGAAGAUCGACAGCUGUUUGCUUGUACGCAGUGUGACAAAAAAUAUACGUCAAAGCGGAAUUUACAACAUCACCUCAAGCGUGAUCACGUUGAUUCCAGAAAUGCUGAUUGUACAUCUCCAACUGAUGAAGUGAUAUUAGAUUCUUUGAAAAUGGAAAUUGAUGAUUACACUCCACAUUUGGAUGACUUUAAAAAUGCUGAACGUGUAGCGGUGACUAAUAAAGUAAAAUCAGAAGAUUUUUUAAAAAUAGAAAUUAAUGAUUAUGACACCCUGAUUUUAAAUAAAGAAAUGCAAGAUAACUUUAGGAAUACCGACAAUCUAUCUAUAACUAAGAAGUUAUGUAUUAAGCUGGAAGAUUUUAUAAAACUGGAACCUGAAGAUGACAAAUAAGACUGACGAUGAAGACACGCGUUUUUGUAUGAAGAAAAUAGUCAUAAUAUAAUCCUAAAAUGUUUAAAAAUUAACUGAUUUGUUUAAUUUUCGUAUGUAAACAUUUUUAAGCUAUACAGAUUUA